CAAAAGCAGGUGAUAGAACUAUGUAUUAUAUAGUCCCAUCGCCUGCUUUUACUGUGGGCGUCUCCAUAUUGAACUUUCCAAUAAGCAGAACAGGAGAAACUGUUAAUGUUACACCAAGUGAGGAUUAUAUCCAUCGCACUUGA